AUGCUACCACUCACCCUCCUUGCCCUCACCCUCUCAGCUCAGCCCACCGCCCUCACCACCGCCCUCCCCUACGCCACAAGCCCCUACAGUCCCCAGAACUGCCAAUCCACCAUCACAGAAAACGGCGGCGUCUUCUUCUGCAACGGCUAUAACAACAUGAGCAACUGCGGGUGGCGCGCCUACCCAACAACGCCUGGUUCGGAAUGGUGCUACAGCUUCGGAAAUGUAGAGGAGCGGCCGCGGUCUAUUGGGCCGGAUCCGAGUGGGUGGUGUGAGUUGUUCAAGGAGGAGGGGUGUCGGAUAGAGGCGGUGCAGAUUUGGAAGGGGAUAAGUGAUAAGAGGUUGGAGUGUCCGGGUAUCAGUGAUUCGGGAACGCCUGAGUGGUGGGUUAGUAUGAAGUGUCGGUUCAAAUGA